AAUUUUUGGCGAAAAUAUUUUCAAGAUCAUGAAUACGACUUUCCAUGAGCACAGCCUCUUUUAAAAAAAAAAAUAUUUGCGAAAAUGUAAUUCUAUAAAUAAAUCCUGUAAAGCUGCUCCUAUCGCACCAUCGAAUCGUUGCAACAAGCAGCGCUCAAAUCAGCAGUGUCUAACAAAUUUACUGUUGCAACAGAAAUACUGGAGAAAACAAGAGCAUCUUCGUCCAUAAAAGCUAAUCAAAAGCACAAACACGACAUAGCCAUCCACUCCAACCCAUCCAAAAUGUCCAUGACAAUUUUCUUCCUAAUCCUUUCCUGUGCAUUGCUCGCACUUUGUACUUCCGCAGAUCCGGUUAAUUUUGGCUAUUAUGGUGCAAAUGGUCCUAAUAAAUGGGGCAGCUUAAGUCCAAGUUUCUCAGCCUGCUCCAAAGGAAAAGCUCAGUCCCCUGUGGACCUUAGGAAUGAGAAUAUUGUGUACAACAAGCAAUUGAAGCCCUUAGAACGACACUACCAUUCUGCUAACGCCUCACUUGUUAACAACGGCUUCAACAUUGGGAUUCAUUUUGAUAUGAAAGUGGGAGAUUUGAGAAUAGAUGGACAGAAGUUUUACCUGAAACAAAUGCACUGGCAUUCUCCUUCGGAGCACCGAGUUAAUGGGAAGAAAAUGGACGCGGAACUGCAUCUAGUGCACCAGAACGAAGAAGGAAGUUUUGCAGUUGUGGGGGUGCUGUACAAAUUGGGUGAUUCAGAUCCUGUCAUCUCCAAGCUGGAGAAGAAGCUAGUUGAGCUGGCGAAGGAGAGUUCAGCUGGCUACGAUGGGGCCCAUAUUGAUCUGGGAACCUUUGAUGUGAGGCAUAUGAAGAGAAGAAGCCGAACAUAUUACAGAUAUGUGGGCUCUUUGACCACUCCUCCAUGCAAAGAGAAUGUGACCUGGAGCAUUCUGGGCAAGGUAAGGUCAAUCUCCACUGAACAGAUCCAUCUUCUCAAGGCACCUUUGAGCCCUCAGUUCAAGAAUAAUGCACGGCCUGUCCAGCCCCUUGACGGCCGCAAAAUUCAUAAGUACUCAGCUCAAGGUUAACUCAUCUUUUGCUUCCCCUGUUAAACAGCAGAGUGUGUUGGCUUCAAUCGUUUAGUCGUUUUAUGAACAUUGGACUGUUGUGGAAUAGGCUGUGAUGUUCAGAGGAGAGGGAUCCCUCCCUUCCAUUCUCUCUCGCUAUUUCUAGCUCUCUUUUAUUUCGAGGAAUAAAAGACAUUGUUCAUCCAUAAAA